GCGGGGCGCGCGGCAUCCCCGCGGGGGGAGCGGGUCACCCGGCCUCGGCGCCGCCAAAGUUUCCCGGAGGAGCCGCAGCCGCCCUUCCUUCCCAGGCCCCGGGCGCGGGGGCGACCCUCGGGCGAGAACUGUUUCCGAGGGCAGCGCGCCCCCCUCUCCGGCUAGACCCCGCGCCUCCAUUGCGCCCAAGUCGGAUUCCCAACUUGGGAGGCGCCGCGGGCCUGCGCACGCGCGCGCCUUCCUCGCCUCCUCCUCCUCCUCCCCCCACUUGGGAGCAGGCUCCGGGCCGAGCCGGGCGCCGAGACCCGCACCCCGCGCGCUGACCGCCGGCUCCGGGCCGCCGCCUCCGCCCAUGCCGGCGCCGGCCGGCCGCCCGGUGCGCCCUCGCCCGAGGGCCAGCUAAGCGCGGGCCGGCGGCGGCGCGAGGUGGGCCCGGCCCUGCGCUGCCCUCGACAGCGGCAAGUUUGGGAGUUGCACUAGUUUGCGGGGUGGGGGAGAGGCCGGGCGGCGGGCCAUGGAGGAGGACCGGGGGUCGGCGCUGGCGGCCGAGUCGGCGCUGGAGAAGAACGUGGCGGAGCUGACCGUCAUGGACGUGUACGACAUCGCGUCGCUCGUGGGCCACGAGUUCGAGCGGGUCAUCGAUCAGCACGGCUGCGAGGCCAUCGCGCGCCUCAUGCCCAAGGUCGUGCGCGUCCUGGAGAUCCUGGAGGUGCUGGUCAGCCGCCACCACGUCGCGCCCGAGCUGGACGAGCUGCGCCUCGAGCUGGACCGGCUGCGCCUGGAGAGGAUGGACCGCAUCGAGAAGGAGCGCAAGCACCAGAAGGAGCUGGAGCUGGUGGAGGACGUGUGGCGAGGGGAGGCGCAGGACCUGCUCUCCCAGAUCGCCCAGCUGCAGGAGGAGAACAAGCAGCUCAUGACCAACCUCUCCCACAAGGAUGUCAGCUUCUCUGAGGACGAGUUCCAGAAGCACGAGGGCAUGUCGGAGCGCGAGCGGCAGGUGAUGAAGAGGCUGAAGGAGGUGGUGGACAAGCAGCGCGACGAGAUCCGCGCCAAGGACAGGGAGCUGGGCCUGAAGAACGAGGAUGUCGAGGCUCUACAGCAGCAGCAGACGCGGCUGAUGAAGAUCAACCACGACCUGCGGCACCGCGUCACGGUGGUGGAAGCCCAGGGGAAGGCCCUGAUCGAGCAGAAGGUAGAACUGGAGGCAGAUCUGCAGACCAAGGAGCAGGAGAUGGGCAGCCUGCGGGCAGAGCUCGGGAAGCUGCGAGAGAGGCUGCAGGGCGAGCUCAGCCAGAACGGGGAGGGGGAACCCGAGACGGAGCCGGGCGGCGAGGAGAGUGUCUCAGAGGCGGAGAAGGCGGCCAUGGAUCUCAAGGACCCCAGCCGCCCCCGCUUCACGCUGCAGGAGCUGCGGGACGUGCUGCACGAGAGGAACGAGCUCAAGUCCAAGGUGUUUCUGUUGCAGGAGGAGCUGGCCUACUAUAAGAGUGAAGAAACAGAAGAGGAAAAUCGAAUACCCCAGCCUCCACCCAUCGCGCACCCGAGAAUGUCCCCCCAGCCGGAGUCUGGGAUCAAGCGACUGAUCUUUACAGCCAUAAUGCCCAUGGUAGCAGCUGGACUGAUAAUAGAUGAUCCCACACUGCAGCCUGUCCGACGACUUGUUUCCCUUGUAGGCACUGUGUUUUUCCGGUUUUGUUUGAGCUGUGCCUUUGGAAUGUCUGCUGCGGCUGCUGCUGCGGCUGGCCUGUCUUCUUUGGCCACUUGAGCUGCAUGGCCGUCACCUGCUUGUUCCCAUGAAGUGGGUGUCGAGUGUGAUUUCAGACAUGCCACUCAUGAUGCUCGGUCUGCACGAGUGAAGCCUCGGAAUUCUCAGCUCUGUCACCGAUCAUUCUUUUUGUCUCUUCUGUUUCUAUUCUAAAACCACCUUGUCCAUGAUCCAGUAAAGAAGGUCCUUUAAGUGACGGGUCAGUAAUCAACGCCCACUGUCACCCCCCCCGGCCCCGAGUGACACUAACACUGUUUUUGAUCUUCACGCCCUAGCUUUCUAAACCGCUUUGUUUUGCCAAGCCAUCGUCAGUAAGCCAUUUGAUCUUGUUGAAGAAAGGAAAAGCAGAGGAGGGGACGGAUGUUUUGAUUCUCUCUGUCCCUUGGAUAGGAAGUGGCGAGUGGCUUUCCUGCUUACUUAGUCAGGUAGAGGUGAGAUGCAACAGUGAUGCAUUGCUGCUGUUUUUUUGGCCAGCUAAUUGCCCUGAUUACACUAUGGGAAGAGCUCACAAAUAACCCGCUAUGAAAAACAUGCCUUCAUCUGCCUGUGCAUAUUAUCUGUCGUAGAGAAAAGAGACUUUAGCUGGUAGGGAGAAUGUCUCCAGAUAAACUUGGCUUGCCCCAGCUUCACGAUGAAACACCACUUUAUUCCUAGUAGGAAGUGAUUGUAGGAUCUAGUAACCACAGAAGAGUAAAAUCACUUUCACCCAGAUGUGAUUAAAACUGA